AUGGUGUCCUGCUCUGACGAUGUUCGUCACAUGACGGACGAAAGCUCAGCAAAGAUUGAUCGGGGUCGCAGGGCGAUGCGCCGAGGACCUACUCGCACAAAUAUACAACAACAGCUCCAAGGCAACCCCCCCCCAGCCUCUGGUGGAACUCACGAAUCCUUUCCACUCACCUCUUCAAACGAAACGAAAGGUACUCCAACAUGA